AUGGUUGAAUAUCUGGAAGAAAACUAUUUGGAAGGAAUACCUUAUUCCUACAUCGUCGUAUCAACCGGUGACUUUUUGCGUACUCACGGCUUUCAAUUAUUCCCUGGGUUACUGCACUUGUUAUAUCUUGAAAUUAGAGAGAGGACUCGCCGCCAGAGAACUACUUUGGACAAUACAGAAGGUUCAAUAUCAUUUUUGAAAGACUGUUCUGUUUUUUUCAGGAAGUCUUAUGCCUGCUAUAUCUUACCCGAAAAUUUAUUCAUUCCACCAAUAAAUGAUGCUUAUUUGAGGAGUUAUUUUGUAGAUUGGCUUCAAAAAGCCAACACUACUUUAGUUCAAUUGAGGCUAAACCGAAGUUUUCUAGAACAAUUGACCAACGAGAUUGAUGACAAAGGGCUUGAAAAUCACUAUGGAGCUCUUUUGGGCGAAGAAGACGAUGAUGAUGAUGAUGAUGAUGAUGAGGAACUUAUGGAUGAAGAAAAUGAUUUUUUUAACCAACUUUGUCGAAAGCAAUAUUGA